AUGAAACAUUUUCCAGAGAAUGUACAGAAAUUAUUAAUAGAUGCAAGAAUACCAAUUGACCAAUUGAAACCAGUUUAUUAUGAAUUGACUAUUGGUGAACAAUUUCCAGAUGAUUCUAUUCGAUUAAUUGAAGUUAACAAUACGUUAAUUGAAGAAUUAGAAAAGAGUAAAAAACUAGUCAUUCGAGGAGCAAAUGAUGAUUUUGCUGCAUUAUGUACAGCAAAUCAAGUAUUUGAAAUAAAAACAGCUGAAACAUCAAAUACAUUAUUACUUGCUAGUCCACUUGAUUCAUCAUUAGCCAAUAAAGAAAAUGGAUGUAUUUCAUUAAAAGUUAAUUCUAUUCUACAUUCAAAACUUGAAUUAACACAAUGUGUACCAAGAAUAAGACGUAUUCGUCAAUUACUUGAAGAAAAUCCAUAUCAAGGUCAUUUCGAUGAUGAAGAGAAUACUUCACGAAAAAUUACAUUGGAAGAUCUAAAAAAUGAAGUUCAAGCUAGUGAUAAUACUAUUGAUAGUUAUUUAAAGAAACUCAAUGUAAUUACAGUUGAUGGUUAUUUACGUUCAAUGGAUUUUGAUUUUCGUACUAAACUUAUUGAAUAUACUUUUUCACUUAUAUCAAUUCAAGAUUGGUCAAAAGAUAAUAUUCCAAUUGAUAAAUGUGCUACUGAAAUGAAAGAUAUGUGUCCAAAAUAUAUUGCAAAACAAUUUCUUGAACAAAUUGGUACUAUUUCAACUGAUGGUAGUUCAAUUGCUUUGAAUGCUAGUGUAAUUUCAAUUCAUUAUGCAUUGGAUUUAUUACGAAAUUUAGAAAAAAUGAAAUUAUCAGAAUUUAUGACAUGUUGGAGAGAAUGUGUACCCAUUGAUUUUCCAAUUGAUUUGGAUCAACUAAAAGAAAAUGUUAUUAUUACUGAAGAUACUAUUGCAUAUAUUGAUAUCGAAGCAUUGAGUGAAAAAGCCGAUGAACGAAUCAAAACAUUAUUUUCUCGAAAGAAUAUUUGGACAUUAUCAGAAUUAGAACCAUUUCUAUCUAAUUUAAUUACAUCAAAUGCUGAAUUAAUUUCUUUAUUAGCAAUACAUACACGGAGUAUCAUGAAAGAUGGUCAAAAACAUUAUGUUCCAAAAUACAGUUAA